AUGGUAUCUGGAGACCUGAACGGCGGAACCAUGUUUUCUUCCGUCUUCAUCAUCUGCGCUGUUUGUCUGUGCGGUGUUCUAUCUCAAGAUGAUUCUGAGCCUUCUCCUUCCUCUCCUCUAGCUCAACUCCUUGCUACUGCAGCGGCUUCCGGAGCUGUUCCAAUCCUUCCCCUUGCUCCUCAUAAUUUCAGACCUAAACGUAAACCUCAGAACGUAUUCUCUGGUGAAAACCGUCCUAGGUUUAAACCUCGUAAAAAGGUUCAGGAGGAAACAGUUGAUAGUUUUGAACCUGCUCCUGUUACAGAGUCGGACCCUAGUAGUAGGAAAGGACCUGUAGCUGGAGGGUUCAAGAGAAGACCCCGUCCUACCAUAAUUCAGGAGGAGGAACCUCAAUCCACCCUCCCCUUCCAACCUGCAACAGAGCUUCCUAAGUUCCAACUCGAGGAUUUCUUUGGCACUCCUGAACCUGUUUUCCAAGUGGUUGAAGUUGGUUCUAAGGUGUUCCUUCCUCCACCAGCCUCUAAUAGUAUAGUGGACAGGAACUCUAUCCUGGAGGAGGUCAAAGCUAGAACUAUUGCCAUCACAGGUGCCCAAGCAGUUGGGAUAACUAAAGAGCUUACAAAUGACGUUUCUCACCGGAGCAAGGGUGCUAGAACCCUUAACCCACCUAGGUUUGAUGAAAGACGAGUGGGUCGGAAACCUCGCCCUGAGUCUCGUCCUGAUCCCGACAUUGAUAUUUCUCGUCCUGAUCCUGAAUCCAGGAUACUGGACGGAGAAGUAGCUCUAGGUCGUCCUGGAACUAAGAGAACAAAACAACACUCGAUCGGAACAGUUGAAAGAUACAAGUUCGAGAACGAGGACGGUUCUAUCACCUGGGGAUAUGAAAACGACGAUGGAUCUUACAAGGAGGAGUCCAUUGGAAUAGAUUGUAUAACCAAAGGAAAAUAUGGUUACAUUGAUCCAACCGGAGAGGUUCGAGAGUAUUCUUAUUCUAGCGGAGUCAGAUGCGAUCCUCUAACAAGACAGAUUGCAGCGGACGAAUCUACGUUCACUGGAGCUAACGGACAUGGAUUCUUCGACUACGCUCAAAACAAGUUCGUUAUGCCUAACGGAAGGAGAGUUACUGUUGUUGUAAACCAGGGGAACAAAGCUAGAGGAAGAAGAUAUUAAACUCACUCUCUAUUUAUCCAUCUAUCCAUUUCUUUAUAUCCAUCUAUCCUUACAUAUAUCCUGCCUCUAUUCAUAUCUUUAUAUUAAUCUUUCCUUUCCUCUAUCCAUAUCUUUAAAUUAAUCUUUCCUGCCCCCUAUCCAUAUCUUUAUUUUAAUCUUUCCUUCCCUCUAUCCAUAUCUUUAUAUUAAUCUUUCCUUUCCUCUAUCCAUAUCUUUAUAUUAAUCUUUCCUUUCCCCUAUCCAUAUCUUUAUAUUAAUCGUUCCUUCCCUCUAUCCAUAUCUUUUUAUCCAUCUGUUUUUCAUCUAUCCAUAUUUGUAUAUCCAUCUGUUUUUCCUCUAUCCACAUCUUUAUAUCCAUCUAUCCUUCCCUCUAUCCAUAUCUAUAUAUCCAUCUAUACCUUCUCUAUCCAUAACUUUAUCUUCAUCCAGCCUUCCUUCUAUCCAUAUAUUAAUAUCUAUCUAUCCUUCCCUCUAUCCAUAUCUUUAUAUCCAUCUAUCCUCCUCUAUUCAUAUAUCUUUUUACCAUAUCUAUACAUCCAACUGUUCUUCCUCUAUCCAUAUCUUUAUAUUAAUCUAUUCUUCCCUCUAUCCAUAUCUAUAUAUCCAUUUAUUCUUCCUCUACCCAUAUCUUUAUAUCCAUAUAUCCUUCCUCUAUUCAUAUCUUUACAGCCAUCUAUCGUUCCCUCUAUCCGAAUCUAUAUAUCCAUCUAUUCUUCCUCUAUCCAUAUCUUUAUAUCCAUAUAUCCUUCCUCUAUUCAUAUCUUUACAGCCAUCUAUCGUUCCCUCUAUCCAUAUCUAUAUAUCCAUCUAUUCUUCCUCUAUCCAUAUCUUUAUAUCUGUAUAUCCAGCAAUCCAUUCCUUUAUCCUCAUCUUAUAUCCACCUAUCCAUCCUAUCAUUCAUAUCUUUUUAUCCAUCUAUCCAUCUCUUUAUCCAUAUUUUUCAUCCAUAUUCUUUUCAUCCAUAUGAAUCUAAAUGAAAAUGAAAAAGUAUGUUUCUAUUUUCCCAUUUUACUCUGUAGUGAGCUUGUUAUAUAAUUCUGCUGUGAUCAUUAUUUAUGUAAUUUAUUUAUUCUAUAAAAAUAAAUUUAUGAUGCUCUUUC